AUGGCUGCAUUCAGAAAUGCUAGAUUUUUGUCAACAGAGUUUAACAAAACUGAUGAACCUUUUAGAGUUGAGGAAGCUGAGACAAUAAAUAUGCCCCCACUUCCAACAGAAAAGUUACUCGUGCUGGGUGGAAAUGGAUUUGUUGGCUCACAUGUUUGCAAAGAGGCGUUAGAUCUUGGUUUGUCUGUUGCUAGCCUCAGCAG